AACAUGAUUAAGGGCGGCUUUGCGCGCAAGAACGCACCCCCGAGAGAGAAUAAACAGAAGGCGGAUGCCGAACGAUGCACCCAGAAAAUGAUGUGCUUCGCCCAACGACGUAAUCAACCAAGUCACUGGUCAAGACUGGCAAAAACUGUAGGCAUCGAGGCUAUGCAACUUCGCAAAACAAUGUAUAACAAGACUGAAUUCAACGAGUGGAUCCACGAUCGCAACGAAAGUGCCCCACGCUCUUCAAGUAUGAAAAAAUCACGCACAUGGAGAAACCCUAUGAUGAUCGAACAUGGGUAGUUCAGCUCAUGGUCUCUUGAAUCGAGUCUUGGCCUGUUUGUGUAAUUUACGACAGAGAAAAAAAUAAUUUCUGUCCUCAGUGAUUUAAUUUCUUCUCAAAAACAUAAUAGUCUCGCCCUUAAAA